ACACGAGGAAAUCCCGUCCUUCGGUAGAACCGAAGACGGUCCACCCACGGAAUCAAAUCGCGAUCGUAGAAAGAGGCGUCGAACCCAACAUCUCCUCCUGAUUCAGGAUUCAAGCUUCCACCUUUCUCCCUUCCAUCUAUUCUCUGGCGGCAAUGGCGAGAAAUAUCUGCGACGUCCGACUCCUCCUCUUCGUGGCAGCCACUGCCUUUAUAUUCAUCCAGAUGCGCCUUUUUGCAACACAGUCUGAGUAUGCAGAUCGCCUAGCUUCUGCUCAAAUGGUGACGCCGACAAACACAACAUCAUUACUUGCUGUGUCAACCAAUGUUGGAAUCUUUCAGAAGUUGGAAUUCCUGUUGCAUUGCAAGCUCCACUAUGUGAACCACAUAUACUAAAUGGUAACUUUGUCUUUUCUAUUUUGAUAAUUUAGAUGGCAAUUGUGGAAAUGCUAAAGAAUGUCUUUAGGGCACAAGCAGAAAAUAAUAUGUUCAUGAAUGCAUGAUAUGCGGUCACAGUCUUGCUGUCUCACUUGAUCAAGAAAUAUGCAAUACAUUGUGAAAAUUGCAUAUUAGGAUUCAAUGUAAAUUCAGCGCAUCUAAAAUCACCCCAUAUUUUGGGUGAUAGUAAGGUAUGCGGUACUAGU